CACCCAGCAGGUGACCCUCCGGUACACACGGGGGCAGCACUGGAAAGUUGCUUUAACUUUUGUCCCACCUUCUCAAAAGACAUGGCUGCUCCCAUGGCUCUGAGACGUGAAUUACGCUCUUUGGCGAGGAUAUUUAACGGAAUCUCACAUUCGGGACCGAGAACUUUGGGCAUCGUUUCGGAUCACAAAAAAUGUAACAUAAUCAGGUCCCAUCUUCCACUGACAUCCAGCACUUCCUUCCACACAGCAGCAGUGUUUUCAUCAACAACUUCACCAAUCACUGUCACAGACAAGCCUGACACACUGUUUCAGAAGGUGUCACUGCUGGUCAAAAGCCAUGACAGGGCCGUGUUGGACAGCUAUGAGUUCUUUGCCACCAUGGCAGCCAAAGAGCUGGGUGUCACCAUCAGCAAAGUUUAUGAACCUUGCAAGGACGUGGAAAGGAUGACACUCCUGAAGUCAGUUCACAUCUUCAAAAAACACAGGGUCCAGUAUGAGAUGAGGACAUACUACCGGUGCAUUGAGCUGUCUCAUUUAACAGGCUCCACAGCACAAGUAUACCUUGAAUAUGUCGAGAGGAACCUCCCUGAAGGUGUCGCCAUGGAGGUGACAAAGACUGCCAUGGAGAAGGUUCCUGAUCACAUCCUUGAACCCUUGUGGAAGGACGACCCUGUUGACAACAAGUCCAGCCAGUGAAUUCGGUGAUGAGCGACAGAUGCUUCAUGUCUUUUCUCAAACUUAAGAGAAUAUGCUGAGUAAAUGUGAGGAAAUCUAAUAUUUACAUAUGGCUUUCACAGACUACUUGUUUUCUGUGACAAACAGCGUGGGAUCAAUUGUAUGUUGUAAUUUGUUUUUCAAUCAAUAAAUUCUGAAUUUAGUGAUGACCUGUUA